GUUGGUUCUUGUCCCCUCCCCUCAAGACACAGACAACAACACACACCUUAAUAGGGGCGCGUCUCCGACACAGCCGCCGACCAAUAACCCGUCUGUCUGGGCAGAGACCAAGGGGGAUGAACGCUUGUCGGGGCCCAAUCAGCGCUUUUGUGUUGCCUGCCGGUGCCGGGGACUGGUCGUGAGGAACUGCUGCAGCGCUUCAGGAUCGGAAAUUGAACCCGGAGCCAGUGGAACCUGAGGGGUAAAGGCGAGUCAGGAUGGAGCGGAUCAGUGAGGAGGCCUUGCGGAUGAACCUGCUGAAGCGGGGCGUGGAGGCGCCGGAGGAGCGGGAGGAAGCGUUGUCCAAGCGGCUGAAGAUGGAGGGCCACGAGGCCAUGGAGCGGCUGAAGAUGCUAGCGCUGCUCAAGCGCAAGGACCUGGCCAGCCUGGAGGGCGGUGCCGCCGAGGCCAAGGGGGGCGGGGCCCAGGGGCCUGCGGGGGGGGGCGCCGGGUACGAGGAGAAGGUGAACGGAAGCCUGAGAGCCGCGGCUGGCGCCCACGGAGCUGCGGGGAAAAACGGGAAGGAGAACAUGGCGGACGAGCCGGUGGACAUGAGCGCCAGGAGGGGGGAAGUGGAGCGAGAGCGUCGCACCCCCUCUCCAGACGUGAUCAUCUUGUCUGAUAACGAGGCGUCCAGCCCCCGCGCCCCCCCCCACACAGAGGACCGCCUGCGCUCAGCCAACCUGGAGAUGUUUAAGGGGAAGAGUGGGGAGGAGCGGCAGCAGAUGAUUAAGGCGUUGAGGGAGGAGCUUCGGCUGGAGGAGGCGCGGUUAGUGCUCCUCAAGAAGCUGCGCCAGAGCCAGAUCCAGAAGGAGAAUGUGGUGCAGAAGGUGCCGGUGGUCCAGAACUCAGGCUCCUCGGUCCAACCCUCCCCCCUGCACGGCUCCCAGGGCCUGGCCAAGAUGCCCAUGCGGCCUGGCCUCCACACUCAAGAGCCCCAGAACCUCCGCACUGUACAGGGGCAUACAGUGAUCAGGUCGGCCGCCAGCGCCGCCCUGCCCCAGAUGAUGAUGUCACAGCGUGUCAUCGCCCCGAACCCCGCCCAGCUUCAGGGCCAGCGGGUGCCCCCCAAGCCUGGAAUGGUCCGCACAUCCUCGGGGGGCCUCAACAAUGCCAUGGGUUACCAGCAGGCCUCCAGCCAGCAGGUGGCAGCCUCCCAGCGCUCCAGCUCCUCGGCCAUCUACAUGAACCUGGCCCACAUGCAGGCGGCGGGUGGGGUCGGGGUGGGGAGUGUGGGCGGGGUGGGUGCAGUCAGCCCCUCCACCCUCCCCAGCCCGGGUGUGGGGUCUCUGGGGGACCAGGUGAGCAGCCAGGCGGCCGCCAAGCUGGCCCUGCGCAAGCAGCUGGAGAAGACCCUGCUGGAGAUCCCGCCCCCGAAACCACCGGCACCCCUCCUCCACUUCCUGCCCUCUGCCGCCAACAGCGAGUUCAUCUACAUGGUGGGCCUGGAGGAGGUGGUGCAGAGCGUCAUCGACAGCCAGGGUAAGCUGCGGGGGGCGCUGUCCCGCAUGGAGCCCUUCUGCUGCGCCCAGUGCCGGACCGACUUCACCCCCCAUUGGAAACAGGAGAAGGGGGGGCGGAUCCUCUGCGAGCAGUGCAUGACGUCCAAUCAGAAGAAGGCUCUGAAGGCCGAGCACACCAAUAGGCUGAAGAACGCCUUUGUGAAGGCCCUGCAGCAGGAGCAGGAGAUUGAGCAGAGACUUCAGCAGCAGGCGGCCCUGUCUCCCAGCUCCGCCCAGACCGUGCCCAGCGUCAGCAAGGCUGAGACCAUGAUCCGACACCAGGCGCUGCGACAGGCCCCCCAGCCCCAGGCCUCUCUCCAGCGAGGCCUGUCCAGCUCCGCGCGUGGCGUGCUGUCCACCUUCGCCCAGGCAUCCCAGCUGUCCGUAGCCAGUGGGCUGAUGGGAAUGGCGGGGAAGCAGCAGCAGCAGCAGCGCUGCGGAGGGGGCGGGGCCAGUGGUGGAGGGGGCGGGGCCAGCAGGUCACAGCAUGAGAGCCGGCGCCAGCUCUACAACAUCCCUGGGCUGAACAUUUCCUACCUGAAUCCAGGUGGGGUGGGCGGGCACAAGACCUCCAGCCUGGCAGACAGACAGAGGGAGUACCUGCUGGACAUGAUCCCGCCCCGCUCCAUAUCGCAGUCCAUCUCUGGGCAGAAAUGAGCCCUGCCCCCUCCCACCAAGACCACACCCCCCACCCCUGUGUACCCUGCCCCUAACCCCGCCUCCCCCAUCACUCAUAGCAACGCCCCGCCCCUGGUGCAUUGCUGUCAGUGUCCACAGAGCCCACUAACCCAUCUGAACAACACAAUCAGCAAGUAUAAAAGCUGCCAAGCUGUCAGUGAAGUUGCUUUCUUACUAGCAAAAUCAUCAUAUAAUUGUUAUUAGUAUUAUUAUUAUUAGUGUUAUUAUUAGUAUUCAUAUUACAUAUAACCUUUAUCGUUAUUAUCACUAUUGCUUCUGUUGCUGUUCUUAUUACAUUUAUUAUUAUGCUAAUUGGUUCAAUUAUCUUCUAUUUUAAUUUUUUAUUUUUUAUUUUUUUUGGGAUGGGGCAAAAGUGUCCCAAAAUUAAGUUUCAAAAAAUAUAUAUUUAAUGUUUACUCCAGCCCCACACCCAUUUUCCCACUCGCACCUCCCUUCUCCUUCCCUCCCUUCUCCAUCAACAGGAAUUUUCCUGGCUGGAUUAUAAAAUUUAUCAUUUAAAAAACAAACAAACAAAAAAUGUUAAGUUUGAGGAAAAAAGCGAAUUUGCCAGCUAUUUCCUGUGGGUUGUUGGAACCUAUGGAGCAGCACUGUGCGCCAUAGGGUCUCUUUUGGUCCCUCUGCGUCUUCAAGGCCCUGGGGAACUCCAGAGAAUUCUACAGCCCCCUCCUUCUGCGUCCGCACAAGAGGGCCUUUCCCACAGAAAAACGCAUGUCACCUCGGCCCACUUUACCGAUCUCAGUGGAACCGUGAAGACACGGCCAGUGAAGGUUGGCACAUCGGUCCACUUUCAGAAAUGCGUAGAAUCUCACUGUUCCGGACCCGUGGAAUCCGGACCCCAUCGACGAAACAACUUUCGACCAAGGAUAUGCCAACAUGAACACAAGAAUGACCGCCAUGGCUGGACACCGGCUCGCAUGAAAUGGAACACGUCACAUGUAGGCAACACCAUAGGUGCUAAAGGCAAAUAGGCUUUGAGGUACCACCAAGGCUGUGGUCUAUUCGCAUGGCAACUGGUUGAGAGAGGAGGGGGAAGGUACUUGUUACUUCCUGUAAUUUGUAGUUAUAAUGUUCGAACGGUUUCAUGUCUGGCACGGCGCGAUUAAACGGAAAGUGGUGUUUUUUUGUUGUUUUUGCCUCGAGACCCCCUUUUUUCCUGUUUUUUGUUUAUGUUGUCCUUUGCAUGUUUUGACUGAUUGGAGAAGACUCGAAUGAGGGCAGAAAGAGAGAGAGCUGGUUAAUGUCGGAAUGGUUUUUUGGCUUCAAUCUGGGCUCUCGACCUUUUUUUUUUUUUUACGGCGGCGUCUCCCGUAGAAACCGUUGUGUGCCUGAGAGGUACUUUCCCGGGAGACGGUAAUUUUAAACUAAUGAAAAAAAGAAAUCAAUAAAAAUAUAAAAUAUCUAUAUAAAUUAUAUAUAGAUGAAAUAUAUUAUUAAAUGGAUUUAUCUAUAAUAGCAAGUCAUGGAUCAAUCAUCCUGUAUGCACAGGAGAACCCUCCAGCGGCACUUUGUUAUGAAGAGUUGAAAAACGGAAAAAGGAAAUGUUACAUUUCACAGGUUUUUUAGGUGGGUGGAUACUACCCUGUUGUCUACUAGAAUUUGGAGAACUAGGGUUUCUCCUUUCGCAAAUUGUUAUAAAUUAUCAUUUUUUAAAUCCACCUUAAUUAUUUUGAUGUUUUAACAAUCCAAACACUUAUUAAACUGGAUGGAGAGUGAGAGGGAGCUGUUGGAACUGGACUGCUAUUGGGGAAAAAAAAAAGUUUCAAACUUUUCCCUCUAACAUUAAGGAAACUUAAGCACUGCAAUGGUAGCUGGUUACCUGAAAAGGUACCGCUAGAUAGAAUGCCCCCCAGGGGCUGAGCUUUGGUCAGUCCCACAAGGGUCUGUGCCUGGCAGUUGGUUCAGAUGGCCUGGACUCUGGAGGCAAAGUGCUUUAAUGCUACAGUCUGUGAGCCUCGGUGCUCGAUGGGAGAUAAAAUAAAAUAAGAAUAAACGGCAGUAUUCAAGCACUGAACAGUAUUACAUUCAAACUGGAUAAACCAGUCACCAGGUCACUGAAAAAACACCCAAUGCCGUCAGGUGGAGGGGGUCGUCUCAAUGGCUUUUAGGCUCUUCGUUCUUUCUGUAAAGCUUACAUUGUUUGCCGACCUGGUUUCUGGAACUGGUGAUUUAAAUGUCAGUUGGUACAGUUCACAAAGGUGGUGGGGGUGGGGGGGCGUUAUGAUCAAGAGAUGUCUGAGGAGGCCUGUGGUCGCAUGGCAAUAAAUCGAUCCCUUAUUCUGCUGGAUUACCUGUUCUGUUUCGUGUAGCUGCUGCUGGCUUUAUUUUGAUCAGUGCUCGUCACACCUGACGUCCCAAGUUGGGCGGGGCUAAGGCUGGGUUAAACUGGGCAUGAUUGCCACUGCCUUUGAUCAUCGUAGCCCUUUCAGGCCCUGGACAGCAGCAACCAAAAAGAGUGUUUGGCUGCAAAAGUGAUUUUUUUUUAAUUAAUCUAUUUUUUAAAAUGUAAUUUAAUUUUUAUUUUUUUAUUUUCUUUUAUUUUUGGCAGGUGGAGGAUGUUAAUUGUGUCAGUAAUGUGACGUACCGGUACCACACUUGACAGCCCCACCUGCUACGGCAGGGGUUCCCAAAAUGUCAACGUCCAGAACCCAAUUAAUGGGUUUUUUUAGGACCCACCCCCACAGUGUCAUCUAGCCUAAUAAGUUCAGACACCAGAGAAGGUGAACAAAAUGCAGUACAUUUUUACGGAUGACGGUGUAACUGCAUGUGCCAUCACCAGUAGGCAACUUUUGAUUUAAAUAAUUCCUUUGGACAGGGUCAAAGUAUGCAUGUUACUACCCAUCUUGGACCCACACCACCUCCACUGACUCCUGGCCCACACCACCCCAGUGACCAUCCGUCCACUAUUUUGGAACACCUAAUCUCUGGCCCAUCUUAAGAUAGCCGGUUCCAACCUCAAAAUUUUGGCUGUCCCGGCAAGCGGCAUCUCAGAACUCGAUACACAACUUGGAAGUCGCCAGGAGAGUAAAUACUUGUGGGCACAUUUGAUCCGCAGGUGCAAUAUUUAAGAGAAGUGGGGAAGUUUACACUCUUGCGAGAAACUUUUUUUUUAUUUUUUUUUUUAACAUGUCCCCUGUUUACGGUUGGUUAAAGUGGAUUGCAAUACAAUUAUGUUCCUUUUAAAUCUUGGCACGGGGAGGAGAUUUAAUUCUCUCUUGAUGUUAAAUUGUCUUGUUUCUGAGUCAACAUUGCAAAGACUGACUUGUAUAUUGAAAACAUCUUUCUCUCUAUCUCGCUCUCUUAUAAACUAUGCUAGAAGCAUCCGUGUACCUUAGUUUUAAUAUCAAUCACAAAAAAAAUCAAAAGAUAUCGGGAAAAAAAGGUUUUUAAAUGUCAAUUUUUUUAAGGUUUUAAAUAUUUUUUUAAAAACGUCUUUCGCUGACUUCACGAUUCAGUUCAACAAUUUGUUUUUCUUUUUUAUUUGUAAACAAAAAUUGUAUGAACUAUGAAAUCAAAUGACAUGAUAUUUGCUAGGUCAGAAGUAAUAAUGACUUAUUGUACAUAAGCUUUUUUCCUUGGAUUUAAGAAAAAAAUUAAAAUAAGAUGGUUGUAUAUUGUGUAGAAAAUCAAACAAAAAGCCAUGAAUAUUGUGAAGCGCGUCAUUUCGUUUUGUGAUCACUGUGUAUUAACUUGUAAGAAAUGUGCAAAAUGUAUGAGAUUAUAAUUCUCUCUUUGUUUUUGUUUUUAUUAGCGAUAAACGCAUUUUUUGCCCUUACUGUAUAUUUUUGUAGUUCGUAGUGUUAGUAGAGGAUUUGAUCCGUAUCUUAAUAGAAGCUUUGAAACAUUUCAUGGGUAAAUAUGCGUGAACAGUACUUUUAUUUUAUUUUUUGCUUUGCGUCAAUAAUGGUAAAGUUAAAACACGGUUAAUUUUGCUUAACAAAUUGCCCGCGCAGUUGUGAGGAGUGCGGCUGGGGAGGGAAGGGAAGUCAAAGGAAUAAGACGCAGUUUAAGAUUUUUCCCUGCUAAGUUUGGAAAUGAUUUAUUGUCCAGUCAGGGAAGCACAUCGCCCGUAUGUUAAUGGUAGGCAGUGGGAUUUCUGAAGAAGUGACCGGACAGUCCUAAAUUCCCAUUGUGCCAAUUUAGGUCAGUUAGUGACCAGACAGUCCUAAAUUCCCAUUGUGCCAAUUUAGGUCAGUUAGUGACAUUAACUGUCCAGGGGGAAAUUCGUUGCAGAUAUAAAAUAUCUGUAAAAUAUAUUGCUUCGUAGCACCAAUACAAAAAAUGUAGGCCUACAAUUGUGCUAUGUAUGUGCAUGCUAUUUCUCGUGACAAAAUUUCAGUAGCCUCCAUCUGAGUAGCCUAUACCUUCUAAAUUUAUGACGGCUUAAUGACAGCUAUCAAAUGACAGCUGUCAUUUCAGUGUAUCCAUUUGAACUGACAUGUUUGUUGUCGUCUAUGAAGUCACUGAAAUUCCUUGCUAAGCGCACUUGCCAUUCACACUAAAUCUUUCCUCAAUAUGUAUAUUUUAAGCGGCUAAGGGGAUCAGGGAAUGGGGUUAGAGAAUAAAUCGAAUUUGAUUCUAAGCAACAAGAAAAAACAAAUAAGCGCUUUUAUAAUGUUUUACUUUUUAUUUUGAACAUUAAUCCAAACCUUUUGCACAUCCUUGAUAUUUAACUGUCUAAAAAAACAAAAUGAAAAGAAAAAAAUUAAUGCUGUUUGAAUACUGCCAGUUGAUUAAUAACGAUUAUGCAUUGACUGAAAAAAUAAGCUAAUUUUGGAGGAAAUAACUUUGUAAUAUUUAUCUCUUGCAAGCUAUGUUUAAUAAAGGAUGGAACAGUUUACAA